AUGGCUGCCUCAAUGAUCUCUUUAAAAAGUGUUGUAUUGUCUUGGAUCAAUCAAUCUACAUGGGAUGAAACCAAUCGAUUUAUUGCUGUUGGUUGUUUAAGAGUAUGUUGUUGUGAAAAUAUAGUCUGUUUCAAUAGAUAUGUUAUCACAGUGGAUGAGGUGAUCGAUGAGAUGGAAACCUGGAAACAUUCAUCACACUGUUUGACUUGUUCAAGUCAAGGUGUUUGA